GCAGAAGGAGAGAACAUGGCUCAAUUGGGGAAGUUCGAGUCUCAGCUGGAGUUGAAAUCACCAGCUGAGAAGGUAUUUGAUAUCUUCCGGAGAAAAUCCUACCUCUUCCCAAAAAUCGUCCCUCAAAUGGUUAAGGAUGUAAAACUAGUAAGCGGUGAUUGGGAGUCUGUGGGCUCAGUAAGGCUCUGGAAUUAUGUUGCUGGUGAUUGCGAGAGCGGGAAGGAGACUGUGGAAGCUUUCGCCGACGACCCGAAAUCCAUCACAUUUACUUACUUGGAUGGAGCGGCGAUGGAUCUCUACAAGAGCCUCAAGGUGGGCUUCCAGUUCUCUUCGGAGGGCGAACACUGCAUGACGAAAAAGGUUCUGGCUUACGAGAAGCGCAAUGCCAACGUUCCCGACGCGGAUAAGUACCUGGAGUUCACGUGUGGCAUGCUCCCCAGCGUUGACGCCUACCUUCUCAAGGCGUGAAA